AUGCACUGUGUGAGCAGAGGAGGCAGCUACCUGGUGAACUCCUACUGUGAUCUGCAGGAGGAAAACCAGUGGAAGAAGGAGAGCUACCAGGCCUGCUGGCUGAGCCUGAUCCUUGAAACGAGGCCACAAUACAAGCUCACUCUGUCAGAGACAGACAGCAUUCGUAGAGAGAGUUACAAGCAGCAACAGGUGACGGACUUCAUGGUGGAGAGGAGUCCCAGCCAGACACUGAGGCUGGGCAGCAACAACCGAGUCAUGACAGAGCACCAGCUGCCCUUCUUCAACACCAGCAAACAACAUCCUGCUACAACCACCUUUGAAUGCACAGAACAAAAGCCAUUCAUACAAGGGAAGGGGAAUAAUGGAGUAGGUAAACAGGAAGUGACUGCUCUAACUGAGGGCCUCAGCAAACCAGUGAGAGUGAACUUCAGAGCCUCGAGUCUGAUGUUCUCACCAAGGGAAACCUCUCAUCGGGUGCAGAGGAGGGAGUGA